ACCCCCGCCGAUAACUUUACCAUGACGUCACUCAAAAAGGCGCUCAUAAAUACGGGUGAACUCGCAAGUUACACAGCAUUCAGCAGCAGAUUUAGUCACAACAAAAACAUUCAGUCGAGAGCCCUGUGAGGAGAAAAGCAAAUAACAACUUCAUCACUGGAAGAUUUAGUUCAGCGUGCAUUAUUGAUUGUGUUGACUUACUAAAGUAGAAACAAGGUCGAAUCGAGUGAUUAUUUGAGAAGGCACACAAACAUUAGCUCCGUCGAGUGGACAAGAGCGAGCUUUUAAUUCAUUCGUGUGGCAUAAGUACAUCUUCAAGAUAACGUCUGCCCAACUUAUUAAACUUUUAUUCAUGGUGAUAUUGUGAGUUGGACACAAGGGAAUCUUAGAACAAUCAAAUUAACAAGAGAUUCGUAUUCAUAAGAGAGACGGUAGAUAUUUAUUUCAUCAUGGAAGGAUACAGGAGGAGUAAAGCAUCAUUAAGACAUGUCAUCGUGUUGGUUCUUUGUUCAUGUUUAAUGUUAAACCCAGCACAUAGCGCACCAGUAUCAGACAACGAACUAGCGGACCUCAGGUUAAGUUUGCCCUUUUUCGAGAAGUACGGCUACCUGUCUACGAGCAACAUCGAACCAGGAAAAACUCCAGGUGAGACGCUGGGCAGCGAACAGUUUCAACGCGCCGUCAGCGAAUUUCAACGCUACGCCAACAUCGACAUUACGGGAACCAUUACGGAGGACACAAGAGUUAUGAUGAUAAAACCGCGCUGCGGUAACAAGGACACGCAACCGAAUAACCGCGUGCGACGUUACAACGUCGCGGGCGGUAAUUACCGGUGGAAUAAAGAGACGUUGACGUAUAGGAUAGUGAAUUUCCCGACCAUGCGUAAAGCUUCUUCAGUCAGCGAAGUCCAAGUUCGUCACGACGUCCGGAUGGCUUUUAAGUUGUGGAGCGACGUCACCCCACUUGUAUUCAUCGAAGUCCAUGAUGACACAGUCGAAGUCGACAUUGAGCUGAAAUUCGGUAGCCGUGUUCAUACAUCCGUAUACGGCGACCCCGCCUUUGAUGGUGAAGGGGGUACACUGGCACAUGCAUUCACACCGAACAGCGGAUGGGGAAAAACAAACGGCGACGUCCAUUUCGAUGACGAUGAACAUUUCACACAUAAGAUUUAUUCUGGAGUGAACUUAUUUUACACCACCGCCCAUGAGAUCGGUCACGCUUUGGGACUCGAUCACUCCGAUCAGAGGAACUCACUCAUGUGGCCAUGGGACAAGGGUUACAUCCCAAACUUCCGUCUUCCUCUCGAUGACAAACUCGGCAUCCAGGUCGUCUACGGAAAGAACCCCUUCCAGGUGUCUACUGACCCCCCUCCCACCACCCCGGGCACCACCACCCAACCCCCUAUCUUGAUACCACCAUAUUGCAACACCACCCUUGAUGCUGUGGCUGAUAUCAGGGGUAAUCUCAUGGUUUUCAAGGAUGAGAACAUGUGGAGGUUCCGUCCCAACUACAACUCUGAGGGGUACCCCGAUCGCACCUUCCCUCUCGUUCCCGUUGAUCCAGACAUUGGAAUCCUGACUGAACAGUUCUUCAGGGGCAUCAAACAAGGCAUGAAGGCAGUCUACGAGAGGCAAGAUGGUCGCAUCGUUUUCCUCAAAGCACGCAAGAAGUGGAUAUUCCAAGGUACUACCCUUUACGAAGGCCCAGUUCGUGUCAGUCCAAGUCCAGAUGGCUACCCCCUCACUGUUUAUGCUGCCCUCUAUAACAAGGACGAUGGCAAGACGUACCUGUUCAAAGGUAGCAAGGUCUGGCUCUAUGACGAGCUCACAGGGCAGGUUCAAAGGUCAUCGAUAACAAAGAAAUUCAAGGAUCUACACUCUACAGUCAGAGUUAAUAGUGCUUUCAUGUUCUAUGGUCAUAAAUUCCUUGUUGAUGGACCCGACUACUACGAGGCAGAUGUGGCGAAUAACGUGGCCAAUGUCGGGAAGAGAAACUUUGGAGUAAACAUUCUUGGCUGCCCUCCUACAACUCCUCCACAAUCAUAUUAACCCUUCUCGCUCUGCUAAACCAACAAGUAGAGGAUCGUAAACUGUAUAAAGCACAGACAAUCUAGUUUUGAAACUGACUUUCUCAAUGAGAGAUGAGUCCAUGGUUUGGAUCAUCCAACGUUAACCAGUUGACCACUGGAUUCUGUACUUCUCAUAGGCUUGGUACAGGAUCCGAUUGGUUCCUGGAUGCAAUGGGAUAAGGAUCUUCAAGAAGAGAACAUUCAUUUGGAAGGGUGAAGGCUGGCACAGCUGUAUAUUGAGGAUAGGGGUAGAGAUUUGCUGAGACUUCUGGAAGAUCAUCAAUAAUGCAUCUUCCGAUCUUCGACGAGAUAACAAGAUAACAAUUCCUUUGAAAUCUAAAUGUUGCAUCUAUUUCAAAUGUGAUAUUGCUGUAUUGAGAAUAAGGGGUGGAGGUUUAAAGGAAUUCCAACUGCAAUGCUGAAGCAUUUGUCCUGAGUUUCGGAAUGUUACCAGUUCAGGAUCUUCAAGAAGAGAAGCCGGGUGAUGGUCGCAUCCAUUUAGUUGUGAGACUGUAGGAUGAUAAGGGAUUAAGACUUCAAAGAAUCAAAUUUCUGCUGAAGCAGUUUUCCUGAGAAUUUGAAAUUCACCAGUUAAGCAUCUUCAACACAAGAAAACUCUUUUUAAAGUUGCUUCCAUUUAAACAUGAAACUGUCAACAGAGAGAGGAAAGGAGGUCAACAUUUCAAGGAAUCAAAACUUUACAGAGGAAGCGGUUUCCUGAGAUUCUUGGAAACUUCUUGUCUUGCGUGGAAAUGAAGUCUCAAUGCCAGACGCAGAAAGGAAAUCUUGCAUUUACAACCAUUGCCAUGUUUACUUGAAACUUUUGACUGCUGCGGCUGUGUAAACCUGCAGAAAGACCUUGUACUUUUCAUUUAACUACUAAGAUCAAUCGUUGAAUCUUUUUACUGGUUUCCUCUAAGGUAUUAAAAAUUUUGCCCACUCAUCCUUAUCAGUUUCCCACAAGGUAAAUAUCUGGGACCCGUCUCACAAAGCCCUUUUUCAAUGACAACUGACAAAAAACAGUGACAACUCUGCUGAUAACCAAUCAGAAGCAAGGAUUUCACUAGCUUAUAUUAACAAAAACUGUCAUUUGUCACUGAUGUCAAGUUUUGUUAAACGGGGGCCAGGUGAUGGUCAUUCCUUUACUCUUUCCUAUUAAUAUUCAAAGAUUAUAAACUUAUGUUUCUCUGAAGCUCUUUCAUUCUAGUUAUUGACAUGUCACCCAAGUAUUAUGGGGCUUUAAUUUACUAAUCCCCGACUGUUUUUUUAAGGAGAGAUUCGCUUACGAUGUAUAUACCUUGACCUCACAUUUGUGUGACUUUAUUCCUGUUUGGCAUAACCAUAAACUUACCUCUCUCUAUCUCUAUCUCUCUCUCUCUCUCUCUCCCUCUCUCUAGCACUUCAAUUCUAGUUAUUGAAAUGUCAUCCAAGUGGUAUAGAACUGUAAUUCACUAAUUCCUCAGAAAGUUUUUAAAGAGUAACUUACUACAAAUGUACAUCAUAUUUGCAUGAACACAUGUACAGUUUAUUCGUCUUUGCCCAAAUCAGUCCAUAAAUCUGAACAAGUUUUUUAAAAUAAGUAUUAAUUUAGGGAUUGAUUCAUAUUUGUUUGUAUUUUUUGAUGUAUAAAGGUCAAAACGCACAAAAGGAAUCCUUUUUUUGUUGAUGAGAUCAAUCUCAUUUCAUGAGUAUGAAAGUUUCUUCAUUGCUCGUUAUCUACCUCUUCACCCCCUAUCACACACGAUGUGGUGAACAACAUCGAAAAAUUCACUUCCUUGAACAAAUGAAACCAGUUCACAUGUAAAUAAAUGGCAAGUAGAAUAAAAAAGAAUAAAAAGAGAAGCAGGUCACAAAGACCCCUUAUCAAGAUUAUUCUAUGAUAAUGAAAUACAGAAAAGUAGACAUGUGAAGUACACUUCACUUUAUAAGUUGAUUGUGUUUUGCCAUGCAGGUUUUGGGGAUGUGGCUCACUGCAUCAUGUAUGGGUGCAACUUUUGGUACCUAUCUUUUGACUAUUGAGGAACUACAGUGUAUUAUUCAGAUUGUAUUGUUAAGUGCCUUAUUUGUCUUUGCCCCUCCUGAUGGAAGAUAAUAUUAUUCAUCAUCAAACAGGAAUCGUUAAAGA